AUGUUUCAAACAUUUUCUUAUACGGAAAAAAUGAAGAUAAAAUUUUGGUGUCUCUUAAUUGCUUACGUGAUAUCUUUUGUGAGCACUACAUAUACAAAGAUAAACAGGAAAAAAAUGAUUAACAAUAUAAGAGGAACAGAAAGUCAAGCCAAUAGUCUUUCAAUGGCAACCAUAGAAAACCACACAGAUAAUAAACACCAAAAAAAAGAUUGUUACUAUUCCUUUAAAAAUUAUUGUCUAAGCCAAAACCAAUUCAACUCCUUAUUAUUCUUAUUAAAUGGAGUUGCAGUAAUAACAGUUUUUUUUAUAGCUAUAGUAAUACAAAGAGCUACAUUUUUUCCUGUAAAGUCAAACCAGGAAGAAAUUAUUGAUGUCUCACAAAUAACAAAUUGA